GAGAGGGAGGGAGAAUAGGGAAGGGGGUGCAGAGCAGGAGAGAAUCAGACAGGGAGAGACAUAGGAUGAGGGUGCAGUGGGAGAACGCUUAAGAUAGUGACAGAGGCAGAGGUGUUCGCUGUUGCACAAUAGUGCCAGAGGCUGCUGGCAAGAGGGAGGGAGAGAGGCAUCAUGGCAGCACUCACUGCAUCAUCACGACACAUGGGGAUGUUUGGCUGCUGCUGGUGAACACUGGGAUGCAAAGUGGAGGACUUCCUGGAAACCAAAGGCAAGCAGAGGAAACAGGUGCAACCAGUGAGAGGAGCCACAUGAUGAGUGGGAUCCUGAAGAGGAAGCUUGAGGAGGGCCCGUCCCCCUAUCUGUCCCUGCAAAGGUCUGACGAUGAGGUCUCCUGCAGCGACAGCGGCAACAGCAGUGACAGUCUCAACCACCCCGUCCCCUCUGGGCUGCUGGACUCCACUCUCCAGCAGCCUUCGAAGCGACUGCGUGGCCGCAACGUGCACUUUGAGAAUGUGACAGUCUACUACUUCAACCGCCGGCAGGGGUUCACCAGUGUGCCCACGCAGGGCGGCAGCACCUUGGGGAUGUCACCACGCCACAGCGGGGUGAAGCAUUUCACCCUCAGGGAGUUUGCCAUGGAGCAGAAACUGAGCCACCGGAACAUGCUGAGGGACCAUCUCAAAGAGGAAAAACUCAAUGCCAUCAAACUCAAACUGACCAAGAAUGGCACUGUGUCAUCCGUGGAGGCGGAUACCCUGACGCUGGAUGACAUCUCCGAAGAUGACCUUGAUGUGGACAACACGGAGGUGGAUGAUUACUUCUUCCUCCAGCCUCUGACUACCAGGAGGCGGCGCACCCUGCUCCGUUCCUCGGGGGUCCGACGCAUCGACGUGGAGGAGAAGCACGAGCUGCGUUCCCUCCGCAUGUCCCGAGAGGAGUGUGGGUGCCGCUGCCGGGGGAUAUGUGACCCGGAGACCUGUGCCUGCAGCCUGGCCGGCAUUAAGUGCCAGGUAAAUGGAACUGUGGUGGACCGCAUGUCCUUCCCCUGCGGCUGCACCAAAGACGGCUGCAGCAACAACACGGGACGCCUGGAGUUCAACCCGGUCCGGGUGCGCACCCACUUCCUGCACACCAUCAUGAAGCUGGAGCUGGAGAAGAGUCGAGAGGAGCAGCAGCAGCAUCAGCAGCAGCAGCAGCCGGAGCAGCAGCUUGUAACCAAUGGCAACGGUUACCAUGGCGACUCCUCCUUAGUCCAACAUCAGCAGCAGCAGCAGACGAACCUGCAGUUUCCAUUGAUGAGUGGCACACAGCACAUUCCCAUCAUGCACCUCCAAAGCACAGGCGACACCGAUUCACAUAUAGAUGAAGAGGAGGAAGAGGAGGAGGAGGAAGAGGAUGAUGAGGCCUAUGAGGACGAUGAGGAUGGCAGCAGUGUUUGCAGCGGGCUGUCGGACUGCAGCACACACAGCUUAGACACAAUGGACACCGAGGAGGACGAAGAAGAGGACGAGGAAGAUGAAGAGGAUGAUGAGGAAGAUGACGAAGAAGAGGAUGAUGAUGAUUGGGAUUGCUCAAUGCAUGGAACAGGUCCACCGCCCUACACUGUCCCCCUUCCCUCUGUGAUGAGUUACUCUAACAUGAGCCCCUUCCACAGCUCGCAGCAUUAUCAAACAGACUCUCCUGCGUUUCUCAGUGAAAAUGUCCCCACACUCCCCCCAGUAGAAACAGCCUUAGAGUCUGAAAUCAAACUCCACUGCCAAACAGAGCAGCAGAGCCACUUCCCUGACCCCACCGAGUCCAUGAAGCUCCAAACCUGUGCACAUGUGGACACCCGUGAGAGUAUCGCUGCCCCCGCCGAUGCAGCUGAUGAACAGCCCCCCUCCACAGACCUCCAUAACAAUCCAGAGCUGCGUGACUCACAGACUGAGGCUCCGUCUGGAUCUGAGGAGCAGAAUAAAGAGGAAAAAAUCGAGCGACCAGGACUGAAAAAGCAAAUCACAGACACAUCAUGCUCUGAGAGUACCUGAUGACUCAAAGAGGGAUCCAUUCAUUUAAAAAAAAAAAAAUGUUAUCAAGAAUGGUGCCCUUCAAACAUCAGUUUCUAUUGAUAAGUGAUUCCGAAUGAGUCAUACAGAUUGUUGUUUAAGACUGGUAAACUAUAAAAAGUUCACUAACAAAACUCAAUAAAACAGCGUUUCUGUAUUUAACUAUAUGGAGUACAAUGUAUGCCCUCUCAUAAAGUAUUUGAUCAUUACAGCAUGUUUCCUGGUUGUGAACGGCACCUAUGAUAAAUCAACAUUUUGAGGUGCUUGUAUUGUUUCAAUAUUUUUGCAUUGUGCCGGUGUCUCAUUGAUGCUGCUAAUUGUUCUUUAUGCCUGUAUUUAUAGCAUGUGUCCAGUUUACCUAUGUUUCCAAGGCUUAACACAAACUGUAAAAUGAUAAACGGUGUCACUGACAAAACACUGGUAUUCAUAUUAACACAUAAAUCUGAUUCAAUUCGUA